UUUAGCGCACAAAUUCGCACGGAAUUUAAUUAGUUCUUGAACGGAGCACGAAGGAGGCGGGCGGCUAGGCCUUUAUGAAUAACACUGCAAACAACACCCGACGAAUAAAAAUGAGGGACAAUCGGCAAGGAAUAGGUUCUGCUCUGCUGUUUCUGGCACUUUUUGUGACUUUUCAAAUUCUACCAUCAAUGCGUGCAUUGCCAAUAGAUUGCAAAACAAACACUGCAGUUUGCCUGGAAGAAAUAAUGAAGGAACUCACCCAAGUUCGAUUUGAGGUUAACAUUCUCGCAGAGAACAGAACAUCGUUGACAUCUAAGAACUGUGCUGAACUGUACAAAUCUGGUCGAAGGGUCAGCGGUGUUUACCCAAUCGACCCAGAUGGUUCAGGCAUCUUUAAUGUAUAUUGUGACCAAACUACAGCCGGCGGGGGAUGGACAGUGAUCCAGAAGAGAAUGGAUGGCUCUGUCGAUUUUAACCGCACCUGGGAUGACUACAAGCAUGGCUUCGGCAACAUGGUCGGUGAAUUUUGGCUCGGACUGGACAAAAUAAACCGCCUGACACGAAACAAGACAAAGAACAAGCUUCGAGUAGAUCUUGGAGUAAAAACUGGCAAAACUGUUCACCCUGAGUAUGGCUGGUUUGGGAUUGGGACCGAGACAGCUAAGUACCGGCUAUACCUUGGCAAAAUCAUAAAUGCCACUGUUUCCAAUGAUUCCCUCGGUCCUCAUAAAGGUUUCGUUUUUGGUACCUGGGAUAAGGUUCCUGCUGGUUGGGCUCAAAAAAUAGGAGGAGGCUGGUGGUAUGACAGCUGUAUUACUGAAUGUGCUGUUUCGUCAAAUCUCAAUGGCAUUUAUCCACGUUGUGGAAAUGAAACCUAUCCUAAAGCCGCUAUCCACUGGGGAAAGUUAGAUUCUACUUGUGCCAAGAGAAGCACUCCAAAAUCAACUGAAAUGAAAAUAAGACCAGUGGAAUUUAUGUGCGGGGCUUGAAUUCUUCGUACAUGAAAUGCUUAUCUACUUAAUUGACGCUGUUUGGAAAAAUCAAGAAGUAGUUUGUGCGACUGAAAACACCGAUUACUUUUUUCAAUCUCUUUACUCCAAGACUUUUAGAUUUUUAGAAUGCAAAUUAGAUUACUAACAGCUUCAUAGACUCGACUACACUUUAGUUGUAAAGAAAAUAUAUCGUAGCCAGUUGUUAUCAGAAAUGUUUCAUUAUUUGCAGAAUUUAUGGGAUUUUUUUAAAUAAUACGAUUACAAUGUCACCGAACAAAAUUUUAGGAAAAAAAAAUUUCAUAACACAAAAAUUAAUUCAGAAGAAUCCUAUAUGCAGUGGAAUGCUAUAUGCCAUAAGAUAGAGUUUAUACAUGUUUCGUUAUUAAUACUAUGGUUUUUCUCUUUCCUAAUGAUUUUUUAAGCUUUGCUAUUUCAGUGCCAUCAAAGAUUAGAUAA